UCUCAAAAGACCACAAGACGUGAUUUUCAUCUUUCUCCACUGCACCAACUCAUUCCUUCUCUCACUCACUCACUCACCCUCUUAUUUCUUCCCUAAACUCCAUAUCCAACCAUCUAUAGCCAUCACUAUAUAUAUAUAUAUAUAUAUCGUUCUCAGUAGCAUACAUAGUAACCGAUCAACCAUGUCUACCCAGAUUCAGAACGGUUCUUCUCAGUCUCACCACGGUUCCUCCUCCUCCUCUUCGUCGCAACACCCUCCCUCCAACCACCAACCGCUCAGCCGUUACGAGUCACAAAAACGGCGAGACUGGAACACCUUCGGGCAGUACCUGAAGAAUCAGAGUCCCCCAGUUGCUCUCUCUCAGUGCAACUUCAACCAUGUCUUGGAUUUUCUUCGCUACCUCGAUCAAUUCGGGAAGACCAAGGUCCACUUGCACGGUUGCAUCUUCUUCGGUCAACCUACCCCUCCUGCACCUUGUGCCUGCCCUCUCCGACAGGCAUGGGGCAGCCUCGAUGCCCUCAUCGGCCGCCUCCGUGCCGCCUACGAAGAGCACGGCGGAUCGCCGGAGACUAACCCCUUUGGAGGCGGAGCUAUUCGGGUGUACCUUCGUGAGGUGAAGGAGUGUCAAGCGAAAGCCAGAGGGAUCCCGUAUAAGAAAAAGAAGAAGAAGAGGAACACGAUCAUUAAGGGGACUCAGAGUGCAAAAGAUAUUGAGCAACAAGCUUCUUGAGCAAUAUAUAUCUCUAUAUCCAUAUAUAGACGGGCCAUAGGAAGAACAGAUUUGGCACUUUGAAAACAGCAUGCACGUCCUAAGUAAGAAGUAUGAUCUCUCUUGGACCAAAAAUUAUUACAGAAAAUCGCUGUGAUAUUAACAGAAUAAUCAUUUUUAGCAAUCUUAAAUAUGUGUUAGAGAUGUACAACCUUGUAACUUUUCUAACA